CCCUCCCUCUCUCGAUCACAUGGCGGUAACAUUUACUCGUGUUGCACUGAGCUGAGCUGCACCUAAAGUUCAGCUGGCCUGAAACACUGCGUUUGUGUGAGGCUGUGUGUAGAAGCUGAUAAAGACAGAGGGACUGAGGGGAAAGAGGACACCUGUAGCGCACACUCGCCUCUCAAAGCGCAAUUUCAGAGGCUGCUGGAGUCAUCAAAGCCCGGGAAGAAAACAGGUGAGCAGGACAAGGAGAAGCAGAGAUACUUAAUACUGAGGAGGACUGACGAUUAACGACGGCCACCAUGGUUUAACUUCUCCUGGACACCUGUUUUUCUAAAGCCAGCGAGAGAAAAGACAACUUUUCGAAGAGGAGAGAAACAACAUUUCAGACCUGUCAUGGCUGACCCUGCAUGGUGGAAGCUCACCUUCCUAAAGAAAAAGAAGUCAGAGGCGAAAGUCCUGUACGAAAUACCGCCAGACUUCAGCACCAACAAUGCAAAUAAAGACCUGGACCAUGAUGCGGCAGACAGCAAUUUAGAUGCCAGACUGGAAAAAAUAGUGGCCACCAAAUCUGCCACCAAAGGCCGUCACGUCAAAGUCUCUCAUUCAGGCCGGUUCAAGGAGAAGAAGAAGAUCCGUGCAACUCUGGUGGAAAACCCAAGCCUUUUCCCUGAAUCUGCUCAGACAGAGAAGAGCCACGUGGAACAAUAACAUCUAGAUCAGGUGGUGUCCAAACUAGGUCCUGGAGGGCCGGUGUACUGCAUAUUAUAGUUCCAAUCCCAAUUAAACACACAUGAACCAGCUAAUCAAGCUCUUUCUUGGUAUGCACUUCAGGCAGGUGUGUUGAAGGAAGUUGGAGCUAAACUAUGCAGGACACCGGCCCUCCAAGAUAAGUCUGGACACCCCUGAUCUAGACCAAAGACACCAUUUGAGGCCUGUUUUUGAUAUAUAACACAUUUUUUCAGUGCAUUUUUGCUGCAGAGAAGAUACUGGUUUUACCAUAAAACAAGUUUUACCAUCCACAUUUCAAUCUAAGAGCAGCCCAAGAUGAAUAUUAAGAAGUUUAUUUCCUGUAAAUGAUAAAAACAAUGUUGUCAUGCUCAUGAAAUGUAAUUCGAUCGCCGUGGAACAAACAAAAUACCCGACAAGAAAGACAGAACUCUCUCUAUUCAUUUCUAAAUUACAUUUAACAUGAAGAACGUUCUUAAAAAUGUACAUUGUUGUGUAUGAGUAACUUAUGAUAAACCUGUGGGAAGCUUAGAUUUGAUGGACUGUUGUGCCUUUUAAUCAGCACUUCAUGACGUGAUUUUGUUUCUUUUGACCAAGUUGUACUCUCAUAAACAUGGAGUUGUUUAAUGAACAUAUCUCUAAUUUUAUCAGUGUAUCAUAAAAAGGGUUUCAGUUGAAGCAUGGACAGCCAAUGUGAUAACACGAGAGAGAUGCUCUCACUACAGCUUUAAUUAGCUUAAUUUAAUCUGCGUUUUUUUUUUUGUAUACUGCAAUUUCACAGGUUAUUGUUAAAAUAUGCAAAAUAAAGAUUUGUAUUCCAUUGCUUAAAUGUCAUAAAGCGUUUACAGUUUUAUGCAUAAAUUUGGGCAUCCCUCUGUGGCUGCUUAGUUAUGUGUUCUUUCUUUAUAAGAGAAGUGAAAUGCCAUUCGAUAUCUAAAGAAUCUACAGAAUGUCAUGUUUUUCAGACAGAAAUCCAUAGUGUCGCAGUAUUGAGAUGUGUAAAUUAAAUUGAAACUGAAAAACAGGCUACGCAAAAGUUUGGGCACCCUCUCCUUUGUGUGGAUUUCAAAACCUGUAGUCACUUAAUGCUGAUUGAUUACACAAAAUUGAUUUGGAUGACUUAAUCCCUACAGAGGAGCAACCAAUCAUGAAAAGGGAUGUUUAUGAUAGCUGAUUGCUAGUUGUGCUUCUCCUUAUUGUGAACCUGAAGGUAGCAACAUGGGAACCUCAAAAGAACUUCCUAAUGACCUAAAAACUAGGAUAAUUCACUUUCAUGAAUUAGGAAAAGGUUGCAAAAGGCUGUCAAAGAGGUUCAAAGUCUCCUUCUCCACAGUCAGAAAUAUAAAAAGAAAAUGGAAGCCUAUAGGAACAUUUCUUCUGAGGAAAGAUGUGCUAGACCGAGAAAAAUACCCUAAAGGCAAAGGCGAAGAAUGGUUAGAAUGGUCACAGACAAAUCACAGACCACCGCCAAAGAGCUUCAGAAACAUCUUGCUGCUGAUAAAGUCACUGUAUAUGGUUCCACAGUUCAGAGCACUCUUCACAAAGAACAGCUCAAUGGAAGGUGAUGCGGAAGAAGACUUUUCUGCAUUCUGCCAACAAGACGAGGAAUGAAAAGGCUCACCUGGACAAGCCUGAACCAUUUAGAAAAAAUAUACAGCGGACAAAUGCCACAAACAUAGGUGCUUUACAUGGCAGAAAAAGAACAUGCUCCCUACUGUAAAAUAUGCUGAAGGGGCCAUCAUGCUGUGUGGAUGUGCAGAUACAGGAAACUUUGUCAGAGUUAAAGGUCACAUGAAUUCCACCCAGUAUCUGUUAGGGUGCCCAAUUUUUUGCACUGUUUUUGUUAAGACUUAAAUUGCAUUGCAUUUGUUGAUUAAAUACAUGUUAUGUCAGAACUGAAAUUUUGCCUUUUCCCUAGACUCUGUCUAGAGUAUAAAUACUCAAAUGAAUUUACUUAUUUGAAAUGCCAGCAGGCCACGGCUUGCAAUUAUGAAAUUCAUCAGAAGUGGACAAACUUUUGCAUAAGACUGUAGAUUAAAAGUAUCAACAGCAAACACACCGUGCCCAUAUCUAUAAAAUAAAUGAAUAUAGUUUGCAUGGCCAUCUCUUUUAAGAUUUGUAUGCUUUUUAGUAAUAAUAAUUAGUUGAUUUCUGUACCCCCAUUCAAGUUUUUGCAUAAACCUAAUAUUAUUUAUUGGAAAGUCUUUAACACACAAGUGUAAAUAUACUAAAUGUAAAUUAAAGGAGAAUUGGAUAUGUAUUUGAAUACCAUUUCAGAGUCCCAUAACAAGAUAGCAAUUGAAGCUUCUAAAAUAUGAGCUUUAUUAAAUGUUUUGCAUUCAUUUGUAUUUCAUGUGUUUUUUUCUUCAGUUUUUCAUCUCUUUCAUUUUAUUGUCUUUUUUUCUUUCACACCAUAUUUCUCUAUGACAUACCAUUGUAAUACUUCUUUAAAAUUGUUAUUCUAUUUUUGUGCAAAGGGUUAUAUUUGCAUUGUUCUAUUAUACAUUUGCUACUUUAUUUUCAUUGUAAUUGCCUGGUAUUGCAAUAAACAGCAAACAACGCCGCCAUCUGCUGGCGAAACAAAAA